CUCGCCCAAGCCCCGCGCACGCGCAGCCGCUCAACGGGCGGGCACGGGCACGUGACCGGGGAGCGCGCGGGGCGGGGCCGCCCCGGCGGCGGCGCAGAGGGGAGGGGGAGGAGGCGGAUCCAUCAUGGCGUCGAUGCAGAAACGAUUACAAAAAGAACUGUUGGCAUUUCAAAAUGAUCCACCUCCGGGAAUGACUCUAGAUGAAAAGAGUGUACAAAAUUCAAUUACACAGUGGAUUGUAGACAUGGAAGGUGCUCCAGGAACACUCUAUGAAGGGGAAAAAUUUCAGCUUUUAUUUAAGUUUAGUAGUCGGUAUCCUUUUGAUUCGCCUCAGGUCAUGUUUACUGGAGACAAUAUCCCUGUUCAUCCUCAUGUUUAUAGCAAUGGUCAUAUCUGUUUAUCCAUUCUAACGGAAGACUGGUCUCCAGCCCUCUCAGUGCAAUCUGUUUGUCUUAGCAUUAUUAGCAUGCUUUCCAGCUGCAAAGAAAAGAGGCGACCUCCAGAUAACUCAUUUUAUGUAAGAACAUGUAACAAGAAUCCAAAGAAAACGAAAUGGUGGUAUCAUGAUGACACAUGUUGAUGCCACCAUUUUGUGAUCCUCGUAGCAGAAGAUAGUCCUACUGAGAAAAUGAGCACUUUGAUCAUUCAGUCUUUGAACUUUAACCUUUGACUGGAAGUGACCUAUAGGCAAUGAAGACUACUUCCUUUGACUGCAUUUUUACUAGUGUGCAUUCUGGGCGCAUGUUGAUCGCUGGUUCAGUCCAUGCAACUGACAUGCUUUUAUUAGUCAUACAGUAUUAAUGCAGGUGUCCAGAAAUGUCAGAAUAAUUCCAUUAUUUUUAUUUUAAGCUUUUGGAAGAAUUCCAGGUCUUCAUAUAUUGUGCAAUAACACUGAGCUCCUUGGCGGUUUUGGUGCAUCCAUUGCCGGCAAUGGACAUUGUACCAGGGAAAGGUUUUGCUCCUGCCACAAAAAAGAUUGACAUGUGACUGAGCUUAUGAAAGUUUUGGAUAUAUUUGGAAUAUAAGCAAGGGAUUGACAAUUACCUGAAAUCCAGCCCAUUCUUUUAUAUUUGGAUUCUAUGCACUGUGACCACAAAACUAGCAGCAUGAGUUAACAUGCCUACCUGAAGGACUGUAAUAAGAUCAUUACGUAUUUAUUAAAUUGUUUAUCUGCUGUCAAAUUGUUUUGACAUGGGCGGUUUUUCAAGUGACAUUGGCAGAGAGGUACAAUGUUAUCCCUAUGGUGAAAUAAAACUACUUUUUGUAUAUAGUUAUUCAUAUCUCUGAAGCAAAGGUAUGAGUAAUUUAGGGUAUGAGUGAUUUAAACAAGAAUUUAUUUUGGAGAUAGAGGAUGGCAGUGAUAUAACUGAACUUGCUGCAGUCCGUAAUUGGGCUUGUAAUUUGUAUUUAGAGCUUUUUCCAAAUAGAUUGCACACUGUUAUUUCCUGCUAGCCAUCAGCAUGAGCCCUACUGCCUACACCAAUAUUUCAUUUAUUUAUGUGUUCGAAAGCAAUCCAUAUAACAUUUUUUGUUUGCAUUCACUGUUUCUUUUGUGUUGUAUGUCAUGUUUGAAUGUUACAAAACAAUAUUUUGAUUGAAAAGCUUUGUCAGAAGAUAUUUUCAUGUAAAUUAUUUCUUUAUCUUGUAAGCAUCAUCUUGUCUUUUAAUCCUGUAUUAUAAAAAGAAAAAAAAAAUACAUUUUUGACAGAGGCUUAAAGUUUUCACAAAAAAGUGUGGACCUUCUUAUUUAAGUUUAGACUAAAGUAUAUUUUCUUAACUUGUUUGUCCCACGUAGCCAUGCCAAUUUUUCCAGGCUUUUCUUCACCAAAAAAAGGGGGAAAAGCCUAAAAUCAGACAUUUUUCUCUGGAGCAACAUUUACUGAAAUGACAGUUGUUCUCAGCACUCUGUAAUAUUUUGAUACUGCAAUUAGGUUGUCUUUUUAGGAAGCACUUUUAUAAACUAAAUACCUUUACACAUAUGCAAAAUUUCUAUAAUUUUUUUUACUGUUGCCUUAUUGUUGCACUCAAAAAAAUUUCAAGCAAUUAAUGCAUGAAUGUCUAAAUGAAGUAAUAGCUUGAUGUAAAAACAAACAAAAGCAAAAAAAAAUCCCUAAACCAAAUCCACAAUGACUAACUACAAUAAAAACCAGAAAAUUGGCUGAAAA